AUUGGCAGCUAUAAGGAAAUUGCAGAUAAUCAAAAUAUGACAGCAAUAAAAGAGCAUAAUAUUAAGUUUCACUUAUUCUAGACAAGACAUUCUAAAAUGCCUUUCAAGUUACCGUUCACAAAGACUCGUCACUACAAUGUUGUAUCUCGUUCUGUGCUGGUCGUGUGUGUUGAGUUGCUGGAUAGCAGCACACUUGAGUGCACACUCUCUGCUGACUCCACUGGUCAGCACUGCCUUCACAAUGUUGCUCAGAGGAUUGGCCUUGGGCAGCCUGAGUUCUUUGGGCUACGUUACAUGUCCAAGAGGCCUUACCCCAAAGUUCGGUGGGUGGAACUGGACCGUCCUCUCAAGAAACAGCUUGAUAAAUUUGCCCAGAGUCCCGCCCUCACUCUCUCGGUGCUCUACUACAUACAUGACGUGGGCCUACUUCAUGAUGAUACUACGCGCUCACACUUCUUCAUGCAGGUAAAACAAGACGUGCUGGACGGUAAGUUGCGCUGCAACUACGAGCAGGCCGUGUUACUGGCCUCCUACAGCCUGCAAGCAGAGUUAGGUGACCACCAGCAAGACCGCCACACUCCUGAAUAUCUGAAAGACUUCGUAGUGCUGCCUAAACUGCCUAGUCUGAGUGAGCCUGAGGUCACGGUGCUGCUCGAGCUCGCCGUGUGGCAGUAUGCUUCCCUCAGGGGCCUCGCACAGUCUCUGGCUGAGACCUACUAUAUCCUCGAGGCGCAGCGGCUGGAAGGGUACGGGCAGGAGACGUUCAUGGCUCGUGACGAGCGUGGCAGCGAGGUGUACCUGGGGGCGUCCCUCGUGGGAGUCACAGUGCGCCCUGCGUCAGGCCACUCCGUCACCACCCUCAGGUGGAACGACAUCAGCAACCUGGUGAACCUGAAGCGGGCGUUCGCCAUCGAGUGCCCUAAGAGCAGUCGCACGUUCCAGUUCACCUUCGAUGAGCCUGAUGCAGCCAAGUACAUCUGGAAGAUGUGCGUCAAGCAGCACACGUUCUUCAAACGCAACCAAGAGCUGCUGGAGCGCUCACUUGAGGAGGCUGCGAGUGGCAGCGAAGGAGGAGGGCUGAGUGGGGAGAUGGACAAAGCUGGCGGGGAAGGAAAAGUUUCUGUUCGAGGCCUGACUAUUCCCGACCUGCAGCAGUCUGUUAUGUCAGCUACAGUUCCUCCUCAACUGUUGGAUCCUGAUCAACUGAGCUACCAUCAAUCUGGGCGCCACGCUGAGCGCCAGCUCGAGCAACAUUGCAGGUUGCAGACGCUGCAUUACAUGGCGAGCCCCCGGGCAAUGGCAGCUCAUCAAGACCAUCACCUGCUGCAGGAGAGCCGUGUUAACGCACAGCAGCAGCAGCAGCAGCUAUACGCUAGCCGAGCUAAUUCCAGCGCUGGUGCCGCAUCCAUGCAAGACUACUAUGACUCACGAUACUCUGUCGUCAGUACCGCCACGGAUACGACCAUGAACCCUGUUGCUUCUGGAAGUCAAUACAUUGGCAACCCAAGUGCAACACGCGCUGUCUUCAGCGCAGCCUCGCUCAACUCAAGCCGCGAUGAGAGCGCGUCGCAGCUGAAGCGCCUCGAUGCCUCUAACCCGUCCCUGUACCGCCCGCCGGAUCUCCUGCAUGCCAUGGACGUGCCUUACCACACGAGACCGCCUCCCGGCGACCUGUCGUCGUUGCACUUGCAGCAGCAGCAUCACUAUCUCUUGUACAACUCUAAUCCAAAUCUGCCUUCUGCUGAGCCUGAGUUCAACCUAAGCUUUCGCCGCGCCCUCUUGCCGGAAUACCGCCAAGCCCCCGACUACCACAGCGUGUGUCGCGCCGUCAGUAUUCGAGCGGCGGUGGUGGGUGGCGGGGAUGGUGGUGGUGUGGGGACACGGAUGCCCUUCUCCCUGCACAGCACCUACAGCACGCCCGACCUGCAGACCGCUGCAGCGCUCGAGCAGGUGGGAAGGAGAGGGCUGUACAGGGAGGAGGUGGCAGAGCUGCAGUACAGACCACCGCCCCCUUACCCCGCUGUGCGCCUACACCUGCCGCAGGAACAGCGUCUUGCUGGCUACUCGAAGAGCACCAGCUCCAGCAGUCCUGAUCUUGUGGCGGCGGCCGCGGCUGCAUCAGUUCCUCAGCCUCAUUUUGGCAUGAGCGAGGCCCUGGGAGGCAGCUGGUCGCACCUGAGCUCCGCCUCUCAGCAGCCACCUGCAGCAAGACGCGGGCUGUCACGCACGUACGAGAAUCUUUGUGAUCUCGAUGACGUUGUGCUGAGCUUACGCAAUCACAUGGCUGGCAACAACACGAGCGAGUUCUUGCACUCGUUCUCCUCCCUCGGCGCCCUCAACGACUCAGGGUCUACCGACUGCCUCUCGCCGACCCCUGCUGUUUAUCGCCUCCAGCACACCGCUCGCAACAGUCGAGCCGUGAGUGCUGAGGAAGAAGCUGAGCCUAUCUACCAAAACGUGUUGGCGUACUCACCUCAACCACAACAACAAAUAGCAACCACGCAGAGCAAGUGUCUUGUCUACAACCAGGACCAACUGCAGAAACUGUUAGACCAUCAAGAUUGUCUUCAGCAGCAACAACAACAACAACAGCUACAUCAGCAAAAACAACAGCAGCAACUACAUCAUCAUCAGCAGCAGCAGCAACACCACCACCAACAACAACAACAGCAGCAGCUGCAACAACAACAACAGCAGCAACAGUACAGGGCACUCUCAGGGGCAGUGACUGGCACGACGUCAGCGCUCGUGCACCGCAGUUCUUCACAAUGCGUUCAGCUCUUGCAACCCCAGCAACCCGUGACGAAGUCCAAUAACUGGUCGAGUGUUGACAGCAAGCCUAAUAACUCGAGCUUAUCAGUGGUGUCUCAUCGACUCAACAAACCUGAACCUGUUGUGACGAACCCGUUGUCCAGCUCCGUGGACUCGACCAAGUCUAGUCCCAUGAUGGGAAACUCGCACUACAGCUUGAACGCUCCAGUGCGAUCGUCUGAAUCACUAAAUGAUAUCACAUCAUCUUCUGCUGCCAACGCGUCUCACGCUGACGGGCAUCAGGAACGUAAGGCGUCAGUGCACUCUAAUAUCGUGACCAUUAAUCAUAAUAACUUUACUGCCAUUCCUCUGAGUGUAUCUUCUGUUGAUAUCCCAGGCAAUGUGACUGCUUGCGAUACUAACAUGGCAGUCAUUUCGCUUUCGUCAAGCCGAUUAAGCAAGCUAAAUGUUUCGGUUGUAAGCUCAGCUUCCCCUGACCCAUCAUGUGCUGAAUCUCGCAAUUCGGCGUCAGUAUAUCCAGUGCCUGCAUCUUCCCAGUCUGUUACUGUUACUCUAGCUUCUGCGUCUUCUGUACCAGCCACAGACCAGGGAAAUACAACUGAUCUAAACGUGGUUUAUGCCCGCAAUGUUACUCAUAAUCACUCGAGUAACGACAAGAAAAUUUCUGAAGAUCUGCCUUCUGGCCAUGAGUCUCCGAGCGGCGCUGUACAUCCUAAUCCUACAGAUGCUUCCUCAAAACCAAGUUCUGUGGCCGCCGCUGCUUCUGCAACCUCCGCACCACAAAACAAGUCACAAAAUUCAUCAAUUUUGUCCCGUAUCUAUGCUACGCGUGAUCCCAGGGCACGCGUGCUUCAGAACGAGCUUUUGAGCGCUGAACUGCCCAUCAAGUUCAGUGGUAUUGGCGUGGCCAAAAGUAACGCGGUGUUCUUCAACGAGCGCGGCACUGUGAGCGACAUCACGACCGCUGAUCUGCCAUGCCCCUACCCUGACAACCGAGUGCGGCUCCAGCCUACCUCUGACAACAAGACUGGCUACAUCAACGCAUCUCAUGUCACCGCGACGGCAGGUCAGAAGCGGCAGUUGUUCUACCUGGUACAGUCGCUGGCAGCAGAGGACACGGUGAACGUGUGGCGCUGCGUGUGGCAGCACGACGUGCGUGUCGUCGUGCUGCUCGCCCGCUGCCCCGCUUUGCUCUCCAAGGCUGAAAGUAAACGAGCAUCGAAGACCUCGCGCAUUUUAUCCUCGCUGAGUCAGCGGCGCCGGCACGCGAAGGAGCAGACGAGCAAGUCUGGGGACGAAGGCGGUGACGCAGGCAGAGGAGAUCCUUUGGCUUGUGCCUCGUGCUGCCCCUACUGGCCGCACUUCGACAACACGAGCCUCGAGUGCGGCGCGUUCCGCAUCUACCGGAGGGACAGCACUCAGUGCGAGGGCUACACCAUGAGCAGACUGGAGGUCCACCAGCAGCAGUCCAACGGCGGUAAAACUGCCAAGCGUACAGUGUGGCACAUACAGUACAUGCACGGUCUGACCAACACCUCCUCCUUCAUAGGUGAGUGGUGCACGGCCUGACCAACACCUCGUCCUUCAUAGGUGAGUGGUGCACGGCCUGACCAACACCUCGUCCUUCAUAGGUGAGUGGUGCAC